AUGGAGGAAGAACGUGGCACCGAAUUCACGGGAGAACAGUGUGAACAGCAAAUUGUUCAAAAUGUUGCACUGUUUAGUCCAGCGUCAUACAACAUGCCUCAAUUUCGGUUUCUACAUUUGCCAUCCUCAGAAGUUCGCAAUUCUUGGGUGGCUUGGAUUCGCUGGUUUGAAAAUGUUAUGGUUGCUACUGGUAUUAAGGAUGGAAUCACACGUAAAGCACAGUUAUUAGCAAUUGGAGGAGCUGAACUACAAUCUGUAUAUUACGGUAUCACUGGUGAUGACUCAGACGUUUCAGAUGGAACGGAUCCAUACCAGAAGGCGAAACAAAUGCUCUCUGACCAUUUGGCCCCGAAACAACACGAGAGCUAUGAAAGAUUUGAAUUUUGGACGUUGAAAAGGGGUGAUGAUGAACCUAUUGAGAAAUAUUUGAUUCGCAUUAAGCAACAGGCUGAAAAAUGUUAUUUUGGAAAAACGGAAAUUGAAAGUCGCCUGAUUGCAAUUCUAGACAAACUUAACCAAAAUGCUCCAGAAGAACUGCGCCGAAAACUGCUUGAGAAACAACACCUGUCGUUGGAUGAUGCAACACGCAUUGUGAACUCAUUUCAAGCGAUAAAAUACCAAGCAGCUAGAAUGAGUCAGCAAUCGAAUACAACGCAAAUCAAUCGAGUUGAUUUUUAUAGAACAUUGCUCAAUAAAAACAAAUAUAAAAUGGAGUAUAAACCAGUAAAAUGUGCAAUGUGUGGUUUUGCCAAACAUCGUGAAGGUAUGAGAUGCCCUGCAGUAGGGAAGAAAUGCUUUCGAUGCCAUGGUUACGAUCAUCUAGCUAACAUGUGCGCUCAGAACACUGAGAGAAUACAAAAAGGCCGGGAAGGAAAUAAGCGAAAAUUUUCUAGCAAUCGAAACCAACAUUACGACAAACGUCCCAAAUAUGUACAUAGAGUAGAAAGCGAGGAGGAGGAAGACAAGAAAGUGCAAUUGCCGGUAUACAGGAUUGAUGAUGAUAAAGAUGAAAUGAUGACUUGUGAAAUUGGAGGUGUUUCUAUUGACAUGCUAAUUGAUUCUGGAUCAAAACACAAUCUAAUCGAUGAUCGAACAUGGGAGUUUAUGAAAAUGAAAGGAGUGUCGUACCAUUCUGAAAGAAAAGAUAGUACCAAAAGAUUUUUGGCUUAUGGAAGAGUUCCUUUGAAACUACUUACAGUGUUUGACGCUACUCUCAAUGUAUUCGAUGGAAAAAACAUAAUUACAGCAGACACGACGUUUUACGUUAUCGAAGGAGGUCAGCAGCCUUUACUGGGCAAAGUAACAGCUCAAAACUUGGGGCUUUUAAGAGUUGGGCUACCAAGCUGUGUCAACAAUCAAGUGAAUCGAGUCAACACGGACAAGUCCUUUCCCAAAAUCAAAGAUUUCCAACUGACACUUCCUAUUGAUGAUUCUAUACCAGCAGUUAUACAAUCACUCCGCCGUUGUCCUAUUCCUAUGUUGCAAAAAGUGAAAGAGAAGUUAGAUGAGCUUUUGAGCGUAGGUAUUAUCGAGCGUGUUGAUAAACCUUCUCCAUGGGUUUCACCGUUGGUUCCGAUCAUCAAAGACAACGGAGAUUUACGACUUUGUGUAGAUAUGCGAAAAGCCAAUAAAGCUAUACAACGGUUGAAUCAUCCUUUACCAAUUUUCGACAACAUCCUACCAAAACUAAAUGGAGCUAAAUUUUUCACUACACUUGACGUCAAACAGGCUUUCCAUCAAGUAGAACUGGCGGAAGAAAGUCGAUAUAUUACUACGUUCAUCACAAACUGGGGCUUGUUUCGCUACACCAGAUUAUUAUUUGGAAUAAAUUACGCUCCUGAAUUUUUUCAAAGUCUAAUGGAGUCCAUUCUAGCAGAAUGCAAAAAUACAGUUGUGUUCAUAGACGACAUAGUUGUCUGGGGAGCUACUGAAACGGAACACGAUGACGCAGUUAAAACAACUUUAGCUGCAUUGACCAACAAAGGAAUUGCGUUGAAUAUAAACAAGUGUCGGUUCAAACAACGAGAAAUUGACUUUUUGGGACAUAAGCUCUCUGGUAUUGGAGUUGCAGAUUCUAAAGUAAAAUCUAUACUACAAUGCAGGCCUCCACAGACGAAAGAAGAACUACGUAGUUUUCUGGGUUUGGUGACCUACGUCGCUAAGUUUAUCCCCGAUCUUGCUAAAGUUAGCCAUCCUAUCCGACAACUGCUAAAGAAAAACAUAUCGUUUCAAUGGAACACCGAGCACCAAAAAUCGUUUGAAGAACUUAAACGCUUGAUUGGAUCUAUAAAACAUUUGGGUUAUUAUGAUCCUAAGGAUCGCACAGUUUUGAUAACCGAUGCUUCAGGUAAAGGUCUUGGAGCAGUUCUGCUACAAUUCAAAGGAGACUGCCCGCGUGUCAUAGGCUAUGCAUCUAAAAGCUUAACAUCUGCAGAGCAACGAUACCCGCCCAUUGAGCAAGAAGCACUGGCAAAAGCCUUAUCCACCCUGAAUGAAAAAUUGGAAAGAACUAAUUUUGAUGAUGGCACAGAGAUAGCAAUAAGAGCUAUCCAAGAGGCAGCUGCGAUUGAUAUAAAUGAGAUAAAAACGGCUACUUCUCAGGACUUGGAUAUGAAUGCUAUACAAAAAGCGUUAAUGACAAACGAAUGGAAAGCGGAAAAUCUUAAACCAUAUUCUGCAUUUCGAGAUGAGUUUUCACACAUUAACGGCUUGAUUAUGCGAGGUUCAAAGCUGGUCAUUCCGUUUGAACUAAGGGAAAGGAUGUUAGCAUUGGCUCACGAGGGUCAUCCUGGUCAGUCUGCUAUGAAACGUCGACUGAGGGACCGCUGUUGGUGGCCUAAUAUGGAUCAAGAAGCAGUACGAAAAUGUGAGAAGUGUGAAGGCUGUCGAUUAGUUCAGACAUCAGAUCCACCCGAACCCAUGCAACGUAGAAGUCUACCUUCUAAGCCAUGGGUUGACAUUGCAAUUGAUUUUCUGGGUCCGAUGCCAACCGGAGAGUAUAUUUUGGUGGUUAUUGACUAUUUUAGUCGAUAUGUAGAACUAGAAGUUAUGAACAUGAUUACGGCGAAGGAGACUGUGAAAAGGUUAUCCAAAAUAUUUGGAGCUUGGGGAAAUCCAGUCACAAUCACUCUUGAUAACGCUAAACAAUUUGUGUCUUCUGAAAUGGAUGAUUUUUGUAAAAUGAAAGGGAUUCACUUGAAUCAUACCACACCGUACUGGCCGCAAGCCAAUGGGGAGGUAGAAAGGCAAAAUCGUACACUUCUGAAACGCUUGAAAAUUGCAAACGCCAUAAACGGAAACUGGAAACCAGAAAUUGCAAAUUAUCUUGAAAUGUAUAACAACACCCCACACUCGACUACUGGAAAAGCACCGAGUGAACUGCUGCAAAAUAGGAAACUCCGAUUUAAAUUACCGGACGCAGGAGAUCUUGAAACAGCGCCCGUAUCGACUGACUAUUCUGAUCGUGAUGCAAUCCUUAAGAAAAAAGGAAAGGAAACAGAAGACCGAAAACGUAACGCAAAGGAGAAUAACAUUAAAGCUGGCGACACAGUGCUCAUGCGCAACCUACUUCCGGGGAAUAAACUCUCAACGAAUUUCUUACCAGAGAAAUUUAUAGUUAAAGAACGAAACGGUUCAGAAUGUCGAAUCAAAUCCAUUGAAACAGGAAAUCGGUUACUUUAA